UUCACUUUCCGCGAGAAACAGAAACGGAGAGGGUUUAGGAGGGUUUAUCAGACUCUUCCUCUUCCGCCGAUUCGCCGAGCUCUCUCCUUCGGUUGCCCAUUCCGCCUAUUCUCUCGACGCCCUUCUCGUCGAAGUCCAGGGGGAAACAGAAUUGUUGACUAAAUAGAAAGCCUUAAAUAGUAGCUGUAAGAAGUUUCUCUGCCAAUCCAGAGAAAAGAGAUAGGAAGAUGGACAAGGUGAAAAUAGAAGAGGUUCAGUCCACUACCAAGAAGCAGCGGAUAGCCACUCACACCCACAUCAAAGGCCUUGGUCUUGAGGCCAAUGGAAGAGCAGCACCUUGGGCUGCUGGCUUUGUGGGUCAGGGGGAGGCCAGAGAAGCUGCUGGUCUUGUUGUUGAUAUGAUACGGCAGAAGAAGAUGGCUGGUAAGGCACUUCUGAUGGCUGGACCUCCUGGAACUGGAAAGACAGCACUAGCUCUUGGAAUAUCCCAGGAGCUUGGCAGUAAGGUUCCAUUCUGCCCGAUGGUUGGAUCUGAAGUAUACUCAUCAGAAGUUAAGAAAACUGAGGUUUUAAUGGAAAAUUUUAGACGAGCUAUUGGUCUACGUAUCAAGGAAAAUAAAGAGGUCUAUGAAGGAGAGGUGACAGAACUAACACCAGAAGAGACCGAGAGUGUUACGGGUGGCUACGGUAAAAGCAUUAGCCAUGUAAUCAUUGGAUUAAAAACUGUCAAAGGAACCAAACAACUGAAGUUGGACCCCACUAUUUAUGACGCAUUGAUCAAGGAAAAGGUUGCUGUUGGUGAUGUCAUAUACAUUGAGGCGAAUAGUGGAGCAGUAAAAAGGGUUGGUAGAAGUGAUGCUUUUGCCACCGAAUUUGAUCUGGAAGCAGAAGAGUAUGUUCCACUACCAAAAGGAGAGGUUCACAAAAAGAAGGAGAUUGUGCAGGAUGUAACACUGCAUGAUCUGGAUGCUGCAAAUGCACGACCUCAAGGUGGCCAAGACAUAUUAUCUCUAAUGGGUCAGAUGAUGAAACCAAGGAAAACAGAAAUUACUGACAAGUUGCGACAGGAAAUAAAUAAGGUUGUUAACCGGUAUAUUGAUGAAGGUGUAGCGGAGCUUGUACCUGGGGUUCUGUUCAUUGAUGAGGUACAUAUGCUGGAUAUGGAGUGCUUUUCGUACUUGAACCGUGCUUUAGAGAGCUCGUUGUCUCCAAUAGUAAUAUUUGCCACAAACAGAGGAAUUUGCAAUGUAAGAGGGACUGAUAUGGCUAGUCCUCACGGAAUACCUGUUGACUUGUUGGAUCGGUUGGUGAUUAUCCGAACUCAGACGUAUGGUCCUGAAGAGAUGAUAAAGAUUUUAGCAACCCGUGCACAGGUGGAGGAACUAGUUAUAGAGGAGGAGAGUUUGGCUUACCUGGGAGAGAUAGGCCAAAAAUCAUCUUUAAGGUCUGGCAUGAUGCUUACAAUAUUAUAUUUUCCUCUAAAGGAUGCUUACAAUAUUAUAUUUUCCUCAGGCAUGCUGUUCAGCUCUUGUCACCUGCGAGCAUUGUGGCAAAAAUGAAUGGCAGAGACAACAUCUGCAAGGCGGAUCUAGAAGAAGUGGAUACACUAUAUCUGGAUGCAAAGUCUUCAGCAAAGGUUCUCCAAGAGCAGCAGGAAAAAUACAUUUCGUAAUCAGCACUAGCUGAGCAAUGUGUCCGGGUCCCUUCAUUGGAGUAGUUUUAGUCGUUGGUAUUCCCAUUUCCAUCCAAACCUAAUGUAAAUGGUUUCACUUAUUGACAAUUAUGGAAUGGAUCAAUCCAACUACCAAGUGAUAGAGUGGGGGGGCUAAUGUAUGUGAAUUUUUAAUCUGGAUGAUAAAUUUUUCACAAAUUUUAAAAUGUGAUAAUGCUCUAUUCGCAUCGA